UGACGCAAACCCGCCGAAAUAACCAAAAGGUAAAGGCAGCUCUUAAAUAUACCGGAGACAUUAGCGAUGCUUUUCCAGAAUCAAAUGACACCUUCGAAGCGUGUUCUCUUGCUAACUCAAACCAAACCGAUACUUUGAUUCAAGCUUUAAAUGAGUUGAUUGGUAGUUACAAGCGUGAGAAGUUUCUAUCUCUUCAUGGGAAAGCUUUAAGAAUGAGCAAAAAUUCAUUGUUCCUAGUCGACACGUCUGUCUUUAUUGAUUUUUUUAGAGGCGCUCCCUCUGAUGCAUUCAAAGUCUUGCUCUCAAAAAAUCAAAUUAUUUUAUCUUUAACUGUUAAACUUGAGAUUUUAAGGGGCACUAGAAAAAAAGACGCGCAUAUUGUUCAAGAUGUAUUAUCUGGAUUGCGGCAACUUUCGGCUUUUCCCAAUGCAACGACAUGUUUAAGUCUUUUGAAUAAGGCCAAAGGAACUGGUCUUCUGGGAGGAAUUCCGGACUUAUUGAUAAUGGCUGAUGC